AUGCCGCCCAGAACGCGAAAGGCUGCGGUCACAGCUGCCGCUGUCAACGAUGUCUCAAUUCCAAAGGAUGAGCCGCCGCCAUACACACCCUCCAACGAUUCUCACAUCCUCUUCAGACAGGCCUGCAAACACCUGCAUAAACCAGCUUCAAUCUCAAACACCACAGGCGAGCUCUCUGAAAACCUCAAGGCAGGCCUCAACCUUCUCUACGACGCCGUAAACCUACCUUCCAUCCACCAAUACCCCAUAUUACAUGCAAUGACACAUGCCCUCAUUGGAGUAAACACGCCUAUCAAAAGAAGCGACAACAGUGCUUCCAAACAUGUACACCUGGACAAAGCUGCUGACCUUCUCCACAAAAUCAGGCACGACGAUGAUUGUCAGGGCUGCAUAUGGUAUCGAACGAAGGCUGAACAGGGUAAGAUGAACACUGAAGACACGAACAAGUGUGCAGGACUUGUCAGAUUGGAAAAAGUGCUGUUGAAGGAGCAUCGGUAUUUGGCGCUGUUUGGUUGGAUGAAUGCUACAUUAGUGGAAUGA